CUCAGCAGCCGGCAGUCAGUGGCCGGGACGCUAGCAGUGCGAGGACUGAGCAACUGUACCCGACCUACACUUGCUCACACCUCGUGCGUAGCCAACGCCCACGGAAAAGCUUCCUUAGUUACUGAGGCGAACGCCAUGAUGACCGGCCUGUUGCUGGUGAUGCUGUCGGUGCUGGGAGCCUCGGAUGCGGCCAAGAUCCUGUCCGUCGUGGCGUUCCCGGCCGUCAGUCACCAACUACCCCUCAGGAUGAUAAGUCUGGAGCUGGCCAAGAGAGGCCACCAGGUCACCUUCAUCACCACCGACCCGUCCAAGAAAAGCAUUGCCAACUUUACAGAAGUUGACAUAUCAGCGUCGUACAAGUUUCUGAGAACAGGCGCAACAUGGGACUGGAUGACGAUGGCUCAUUUUACAGCAACCGAUAACAUAUAUUCGUGGAAGGAACAGUUCCGUGGUGUUUGUGAGAGUGACCUGAGUGCUCCAGAGAUGGUGGAAUUCAUAAAGUCACCUCCAAAAUUCGACCUGGUAAUUUUGGAACGAUUGCUGUCGCCGUGCUUCUACGGUUUGGUUCAUAAAGUGGGCUCGCCGCCUCUUGUCGGGUACAUUAGCAUAAACGCAGGCAUACCCAGCCUCUGGACCGAUGGAAACCCCAGCAAUCCCGCUUACAUUCCAAGCUUUAUGGUGCCCUUUUCACACCACAUGUCAUUCUGGGAGAGGCUUUACAUGACAUGGGUAUGGCUCUACACGAACUAUCGCUACUUCUACGUAAUGAUGCCGCACCAAGAAGAAAUCAAGAGAAAAUAUUUCGGGCCUGACGUUCCAUCAGUUUAUGAAACUGAAAAAAAUUUCAGUUUGAUGCUUAUGAAUAACCAUUUCAGUAUAAACUACCCUCGACCGUACCUGCCGCACAUGAUAGAACUGACUGGACUACAUGUGGAACCAAACCCAGCACCUCUUCCUAAGGACCUACAAGAGUGGCUGGAUGGAGCAGAACACGGCGCCGUAUACUUCAGUAUGGGUUCCACUGUCAUGGGCAGUUCGAUGCCUGAAGAUAAAAGACUGGCAUUUCUCGAGGGUUUCAGAAAAAUCCCACAGAGGGUGCUGUGGAAGUGGGAGGCCGACAUGGACGACCUGCCGCCCAACGUCAAAGUCUCAAAGUGGCUGCCUCAGCAGUCUGUACUGGCACAUCCCAAUGUCCGUGUGUUCAUCACUCAGGGCGGUCUGCAGAGCUUUAACGAGGCAGCCUAUCACGGAGUUCCUCUACUGGGGAUUCCCAUCUUCGGCGACCAGCAACAUAACGUGGCGAAAAUGGUCGACGCUGGUGUUGGCAUAGAGCUCAAAUUGUGGGACGUCACAAAAGACACGAGUUCGGACGGUAUUCGAACGAUUAUUCAGGAUAAAAGAUUCAGCGAGAACAUGAAGCGCUUGUCAGCUGUAUACCGUGAGCAUAAGGAAGAGAGCCUGCCUAAAGCUGUGAAGUGGAUCGAGUAUGUACUUCGCCACAAUGGAGCCCCACAUCUGCGUAGUGGUGGAAGAGACUUGGCCUGGUACCAAUACCUGCUGCUAGAUGUCGUUGCCUUCGUGCUGGCUAUUGUAAUGGCCUUUUGUAUAGCUCUCUACCACAUUGCUAGCUUUCUAAUCCACAAAUUGUUUAGAUCCAAGAAACUGAAAACGAACUGAGGACGUAUAAUCUUCUGUUAUACAGAAGUCUAUUUGCCUACUAAUUCACUGAGCAUGAGCUUGAAUGUCUCAAGUGGAAUGUUGGAAUAUAUACAUUCACACAGAUUUGUGAAAUCUUUGUCGUGUUUGUGUCGUAUGAAAUACAACGUAUAAAACUUUUAAAUCUCAUUUGUGUAAUGUUACAAGUGGGAAAAAGUCUGUGUGUAUGACUACAUUGUUAUUGUUGUUAUUUGAAGUACAGUUUUCGUUUGAACAGCUGGUUAUAGAAUUCAAAAUACUGUUUUGAGUUCUGCGAUUUGUACAAGUGAAGUUUAAAAAUUUUGUACGUGGUAUUUCAUAUGAUACAACCACGACGAAAGUUUCAUAGGUGUACAUACCUAUGCAUAUGUGGCUGGAGUCAGUCCAAACAAACACUGCUCGUAACAUCUUUCAUGCGACACUCAGUGUCAAUGGGAAGUGCUGGCUUACUUCCCGUUACAAACAAAAUAAUUUUUAAAGCGGACUACUAUAUGGAUAUUCAAAAGAGUGGUGUCACCUUAGUUUAGUGUGAUACUCUUUUAUCGAUAUGUAUGUAGAGUAAAACACGAAGAAUUACCUUAGCAGUGUGAGAACUGCUGUAUACAAAUACAGGAUACAGAAACAGAGCCAAAAUGUUGUAACUUAUAUAUGGCAUUAAUAAACUGUUGUACAGUUUCUUCAUAAUUAAAUAAAUCAGCAAACACGUGCCGCCCUAGUACACACUGAUUGCUGCCGCCAUGUUGCAACGCUGCUCAAAUGGUUCAAAUGGCUCUGAGCACUAUGGGACUUAACUUCUGAGGUCAUCAGUCCCCUAGAACUUAGAACUACUUAAACCUAACUAACCUAAGGACAUCACACACAUCCAUGCCCGAGACAGGAUUCGAACCUGCGACCGUAGCGGUCGCGCAGCUCCAGACUGUAGUGCCUAUAACCGCUCGGCCACUCCUGCCGGCAACGCUGCUCAGUUGUUGCCUGGGGUACGGGUUAUUCUGCGUGUCUUAAUGUUCUUAUUAGUGAAUAUCGAUGCAACGAAUACCGUAUUAGACCCAUUUGGGACAGGUUUAUCGAACGGGCACAGAAAAUCCAGCUUUAAAAUCAUUUUUGUAGUAAUGGGAAACAAACCGACGCUUUCCGUUGACGCUGGGGCACCGUACGAAAUGUGUGAUGAGCAAUAUUUGUUUGGACUGAUUCCAGCUGCACAUUGUAAAAACGAAAAUGCAAAUAUCUACCGAAAAACCAGACAAAAUGCCCCUGACAGCUCUUAAAAGGGGCACCACACAUACAUUCUUCUAUGUGGAGCACUAUUUGUAAAUAAUAUUUCAUCCUCUUCAGGACACUUCAUCAAAUAAAAAAAAUUGAGAACA